AGCUCAACUACUAAUGCCAGGCAGAGAUUAAUCCUCUGCACUAAUUCACAGCCUCUAUCGCACAAACUCAUUGGGAUAGGCCAAGUGGGAAUUAUGGUUAGCCAUUGACAAAACCACUAAGGGGAUUUCUGUGAGAUGAGUGCAUGAAGAUUUGAAGCUCAGUAACAGUGCAGAGAAUUCAAGGUCUUACUAUCGUGCUGAAGAUGUCAGGCUCGUACGACGAAUCCAGUGGAUUAGAGGAAACGACUGACAGCUUCUGGGAGAUUGGCAAUUACAAGCGCUCAGUCAAGCGCAUUGACGAUGGUCACAGGUUGUGCAAUGAUCUUAUGAACUGUGUUAAUGAACGGGCAAAGAUAGAGAAGUCCUACUCUCAGCAGCUGACCGACUGGUCCAAAAGGUGGAAACAGCUCAUUGAGAAAGGAUCCCAAUAUGGAACUCUAGAGAGAGCCUGGAUGGCAUUGAUGACGGAGGCAGAUAAAGUGAGCGAGUUACAUCUGGAGGUGAGAAAUGCACUAACCAGUGACGAUUUUGAGAAGAUCAAGAACUGGCAGAAAGAUUCCUUUCACAAACAGAUGAUAGGAGGCUUCAAGGAGACCAAAGAAGCAGAGGAUGGAUUCCGGAAAGCACAGAAACCCUGGGCUAAAAAACUAAAAGAGGUUGAGACAUCCAAGAAGGUCUAUCACCUGGCCUGUAAAGAGGAGAAGAUGGCAGCCACAAGAGAGGCAAACAGCAAGACUGAACAGUCGGUCACCCCAGAGCAACAGAAGAAGCUAUUGGAUAAAGUAGAGAAAUGCAAACAGGAAGUUCAGAAGGCGAAAGAGAAGUAUGACAAAGCCUUGGAUGAAUUGAGUAAAUGUACACCGCAGUAUAUGGAGAAUAUGGAGCAAGUGUUCGAACAGUGCCAGCAGUUUGAGGAAAAGCGACUGGGUUUCUUCAAAGAAAUCCUGCAAGACAUCAAACGACACCUAAACCUCACAGAAAACAACAAUUAUGCCAACAUUUACCGCGAGCUGGAGCAGGUUAUCCGGGUUGCAGAUGCACAGGAAGACCUAAAGUGGUUCAGCAUCACACACGGACCUGGAAUGGCAAUGAACUGGCCACAGUUUGAGGAAUAUUCUCCAGACAUGACUCACACAAUUGCAAAAAAGGAGAAGGUAAAAAAGCCCAAUGAAGGUGUUACGCUGACGAAUGUGUCACCAGGAGGAGAGCAAGUGGCUCAGUGUUCUGAUCGGGGCAGCCAUAGUAUCUGCCAGAAUAAUGAGAGAAGUUGCAAUGUAAGCCCUCUUGCUGAGAAUGAUGUCAACCACGAGGGGAAGGAAGAGCAUAAAGAGGAAAAUAAAAAUGUAAGCAGCUACGAGAAGAACCAGACCUUCUCUGCUGAAUGGUCCGAUGAUGAAACAAAUAACCCCAGUGUAAAUGAUGCCGAUGGAGGAGCAAACCCUUUUGAUGAAGAAUCCUCUCCUGCCCACGCACCGGGUGUGCGGGUACGCGCACUGUAUGAUUACGAAGGACAAGAACAGGAUGAACUGAGCUUUAAAGCGGGUGAUUUCUUAAUAAAGAUUGAAGAUGAAGAUGAACAGGGCUGGUGCAAAGGACGUCUGGAGAAUGGACAGUUGGGCUUGUAUCCAGCUAAUUAUGUGGAAGUUAUCUGAUUCAACAUUGUAUUUACCAGCUAGUUGUUGCUAUUGUACAUACAUGUUCUAGAUAAUGCUGUUCGUGUUCUGAGGUGAAUUGACAAAUCAUUUCACUUUGUAAUUUUUGUUAGUAGAUUAGUGCCCUGUUGUCAUUUGUGUAAAUCAUGCAUCCAUCUGUCAGCUCAAAAAAAACCCUUUAAUGUUCAGUGUAAAAUACCUAUUUAAUAAGAAACCUACUUAACUU